AUGUCGACACCGUCAGGCGCUUACAAAAUCUGGCGCCAUCCACACCUAAAGCUCGUCGACAAAUGCCUCCAGUACGUGGUGUGGUUGGCACUGCGCCUCGAUAAACUCGACAGCGUCGCCAAGCUCGCCGGGCCCGAAGGCGCGACGGCGCGAAGGCGUUUUGAGCAAUUCAACGCCGGCGCCGCGGCUCGCAUCGCGUCCAAGCACUGGACCACGACGGUCGAGACGACGCCCGAAGGCGUCGAGCUGAUCGUCUACUCACCGAAGGUAGACGGUCCAGUCCCGGUCGUCCUCUGGAUCCACGGCGGCGGCUUUACCAUCGGCGGAGCGCGCGACGCGUUCGGCGCCGAGCUCUGCGCGGCGGCCGUCCAAGCUGGAGCGCCGUCGUUUGCCUGGGUGUCGGUAGAGUACCGGCUCGCGCCCGAGCGAGCGUCCCGUGCGGGAGACAUGCAUUCAAAUCCGAGAAGAAACAUUUCCUCCGCGUGGAAGACGCACAUUCGCAACCGAAAAUCACGCUUCCCCACCGCACAGGCACCGGCACCCGGCGGCGGCCGACGACUGUGCCGCGGCGCUGCGGUACCUCGCGGCGGCGUCGGACCGCUUCUCGGCCGUGCACGUCGCCGGCGCGUCGGCCGGUGCGAAUCUCGCGAUCGUCACGGCCGCCGCCGCGCCGCGGCUCGGCCUAACGGUAGCGUCGCUCUUCGCCGUCUCGCCUUUCGUCGACCCGCGGGGCGCGUCUGCAUCGUACGCGGCGAACGGGAACUGCCACAUUGCUGCGCCGUCGUGGCUGGCGGCGUCGUGGGACGCUUAUGUCGGUCCCGGCCCCGAGGCGAAAGAACGGGCGCUCGCGGACUGGAGAGUCUGCCCGCAAACCGCGGUCGACACCUGGCGCGACGCCCAAGACCGCCCCGUCGCGCCGCCGCCGACGAUUAUCAUCACGGACACCGCCGACCCGCUCCGCGACGAGGGCUUGGCCACGGCCCGCUCGAUCCGGGACGCGGGCUGCCGCGACGUGCUCCACCUCGAGGGCUCGGCGUCCCACUGUUUCACCCUCAAGCUGUACCCCGCGAAGCGCGCCGAGGCGCUCGCCAAGUGGGUCGGGUACUUCGUGUCGGGGUGAUUGAUGUGUGUCUUUUAUGUCCGAAGCGCCAGCGGCCCUCGUUGGAGCAGUAUCGUUGUAUGUAUAAUUUUGACGGGUAUUU